UCCUGCCUUUCCUUGCUCUGCUACGGUGGCCGCCGAGGGUCACGCGGAGCGUUUUCCUACCCCGCUUUGAGGGACGAUGCAAAAAAGGAAAGGAAAGAAAGGUCCGCUCAGUUUCAGCUCCGCUUCCUUCACUCCGCCCCGGGAAAGGCAGCAGCGCUUGCCUGUCAUAAUUCAAAAGGAUGGAGAAAAAGAAAAUUUUAAUGAAAUCCAACACGGCUGCUUCCAACCUACUGAAAACCUUACAUUCUCUCUAUCAGUUUGGCCACUUCUGUGACGCAAUAAUAUACACAGACCAGUUUGGCAUCCAGGAGGAGUUUUUUGUUCACAAAGUCAUAUUGGCUGCUUCCAGCAAUUACUUUAGAAGCCUGUUUCUCACCGAGGAGAUGCUGAAAGCCAGAGAUUGUCGGGUGACUCUCCAGGGUGUUCGCACUGAAGAAUUUGCCUGCUUUCUAAAGUUUGCCUACACAACAGAAGUAGAAAUUGAAGAGGACAAACUGCACCGGAUAAAGGAGGUAGCCGAAAGACUUGAAUGCCAAGAUCUGCUUGAUGUUUUUGAAGAAAUGAAGGCUGCAGGAGAAGACUUGGAUCUGGGUGUUCAUUCAGAAAGACAUGAAGGCGGUAGGUCUGUCUGCAGUAAAACAGAACAAGUAGAGAACAAGGAACAGAGUGCUUUGUCCCGGAUUUUGGCAACGCCCAUGAAAAGACAGCUUUGGGACCGAAAGAGGCAUACAAAACUAACUGCCGUCUAUGAUGGUAGUGAAGGUAAACCUGGCCAUUCUGGCAAAUAUGGUGUUGUGUUUGAGGGGCCCAAAAACAGCACAGCAGCGUCAACUGGAUGUCAUAAAAUAGACCUGCACAGCGCUCAUACUAUGAAGAAUGUCAGCCCGGCGGAAAAUGAGGCCAGCCAUCUGUCACUAAAUCAGGCGGACUCCGAGGAAGCCUGCAUUGUUACAAGCAAUAUACUACCCGGCCAGGAGGAGGGUGAAAACGGCUUGAAUCUUAGCGAAACCAAACUCAGGAAAUCGCCGCGCAAUAUAUCGAAAGUCUUGCCCCAAAUAUACACAUGUGACAAGUGUUGUCAUUCCUUCCAUUUUGCCAAGGAGUACCAGUCGCACAUGGAACAAGAACAUGACGCAGAUCUGGUGGUACUCUUCCCCAGUUGCCAGAACCUAAGUCAACAUAGGCUCACUGUUCACGACGAGGAAAAGCAGUUCCCUUGCUUGUUGUGCGACAAAAGGUUUAAGUGCCAGAAAGACAUCAGCCAUCAUAUUCGGAGAGUGCACGAGAAGAAAAAGAAUCCCCAGAGGUGUCCCUACUGUGACAAGGUGAUCAGCUCUAAAUGUGGGUUGACAGUUCACAUUCGAACACAUACGGGAGAGAAGCCGUAUAAGUGCAGAGGCUGCCCGGCGAGUUUUGCUCAGAGAUCUGCCUUCACUACUCAUGUAAGAAAAAUACAUGAAUCAAGCCAAGACAGGAAAUUCGUGCCAGAUUACUGGAUGAUAGCCCCGCCAACAAAAAGACCAGAUGUUACAGAUGGCGAAGUUGACAUGAAUAGCAAAACAUAUCCGAAGGUACCAAACAGCAACUUGCAAAGAGAGCCUGUGGAUGAAAAAACUCGGGAGCUUGAGGGAGAAUCCAGGAAAUCUCCUCCGUCGUUGGAAGCAGAGUCUGAGAGUAAAGAGGAAAGUCGGGAGCAAUGUGGUGAUGCUGAUAUUCAAAGAGAAAAACCAGGUGGUCACAGGACUUUGUCUGCAGAAGACUGUGUAAAAGGAGAAAGGGACUGUGAAGCAGAAGGAAGGGGCAGGGAAGAUAAUGAGGCAGUCUCUUCUGAAGACAUCGAUGAGAAUUCAAGUGAUCAAGACACUGAAGAAAGCAAACCGAACGCUGGUUGCAAAGCGAGGGGCGUUGUGAACAAAAGCAAGGGAGCCAAAAAAUCUGCCUACGUUAUAACGUGCAACAAAUGUGCGGAGAAGUUCGUUUCGCGGAAGAAGUACACCGACCACUGCAAAAACGUCCACCAUUCUUUGCCUGGUAAAAUUUAUCAGUGUGACGUUUGUAGCAAGUCCUUCGCGAGUUACAACAGCUGGAAGGAGCACAGGGCGAGCGUCCACACAGAGGACAGGCAGUUUUCCUGCACCCUCUGCAACGCCACUUUCAAAAGGAAAAGGGACGUGAGGACCCACUAUAUGCGGAAGCACGAAGGGAGAGUCAAGCGUCCCCUUUGCUCUGUCUGCGGGAAGAUCUUGAGCUCAAGAACAGCGCUAGUGUUUCACAUGAGGACCCAUACAGGCGAGAAGCCGUACCAGUGCAGCAUUUGUUGCUCAAGAUUUGCUCAGCCAUCGCAGCUCAAGAUUCACACCAGGUCCCAUACAGGUGAAAAGCCAUACAUCUGUGAGGAUUGUGGAGCUUGCUUUGCAGAUAAAGGCAGGCUUACUGCCCACAAGAGGACACAUACAGGAGAGCGUCUGUUCAAGUGUGAUGUGUGUGGAAAACAUUUUUCUACCAACGAAUACUUGAAAUGCCAUGAGCGCUGCCACAUGGGAGCCAAGCCAUACAAGUGUGAUGUGUGUGGGAAAACAUUUGGACUGAGGGCCUCAUUAGCCCAACACAGUAACAUUCAUGCAGAGACUCCUCCUUAUUUCUGUGAGCAGUGUGGAAAGACCUUUACUCAGCAAGGAGCCCUGAGGCGUCACCAGCGCAUUCACACUGGAGAAAAACCGUACAAGUGCAGGGCCUGCGAAAGAACCUUCACGGAUCUGUCUACCUUGAGGAGGCAUGUCCUGGUACACGAUCGGAAUGCUCAUUGGAGGACUUUCUUAAUAGAUCUUACCAUCAAAAAGGAUCACAACUGGUCCAAAAUAGAGACUUUUUCUAAUAUCCGUAUGGGAGAGGACUCUAAUCCGAUUUUGUCCGGAGGCCAAAGUAAACUUUAUAAACCAGAAAGCACCAGUGUAAAAAAAGCGGAACACAUAUCAUGUGGUACCGGUAGUAGUGCCAGAGAUUCUGACCAUUCCCUUAUGUAUUUAUAACUCUGAACAGUGAAGGCAAAAUGUAGGCACAAAACAUUCUGCGUAUCUCUCAUGUGCCCCUUAUUGGGGAGUAUCCUCCCUCUGCCCACAAGUUCUACAGAGAAGUUCAGCAUCUUCAGAGCAGAGAGGCAGGCACUGGGCAGCACAGACCUAGUUGUGGAAUUGCUUUUGAAUGGGUCAUUUCUUAGUAGCUUGGAUGCUGGCUUCACUAAUAGCUAUUUAGGAGUCAGGAGAGAUGCUUUCAGAGCUCAGAAUGAGUAGACAUGGUGAGAGAUGCAAAACUAGCACAGUAUAGAAGCAUCUUCAUAAGUUUUAAAAAAUCCAAGACCCUUUUAUAAUGCUGCCAAGGAGGCUGUGGGCCAUGUUCGAUUCUAAUAAAGAGGGAUGUCUCUGCUCAGGGAUGCAUAAGAUGUACCUAUGUGGGGACAGGUUCUGGUGCUGAGGGGAAUUGCUCUGCACUACUAGAAGCGCUCUUUAUUAUUAUCAUUUCAGGUUUAAAAGAAAUGGCAUGGGCAAAGAUGGGAAUGAGCUAUGCUUAAUGCGGGUGGUUAAAGCUGGGAGUUGCAGAGGAUAAGACAAGACCAAUAAGGCCCCUCCAAACUGGCAAAACAAAAUAUUAAAAUAACAAAAGCAGUUUAGUGCAUGCAAGUAUAGGGUGAUGCACACAAGAGGCAAAGCACUUCACAUUGCACUUACGGGGUGUGAACUGGUGUUGACUGACCAGAAACUGGUGGAUAACUCAACGAAAAGCUUGACUCGGUGUGCAGCAGCAGGGACGCAAAUAGAAUAGAAACAGCCGAUAUCAUUCAUGUAUUUUUGUCACAGAUGGGUGUUGGCUACUCCCGAGUAAGCACUCCACACAUCCUCUGGAUUUUCAGAGUUUUAUUGUGCAUGCUAUAUACAGUGGUGAGAUGUCUCAAAUCAUGUCUGCUCUGCAUGGGGCAGAAGCCCACAAUGGCGUCUCGUGGGCUCUGACCCCCCUUUUAAGACUGGGCAUCCAAACGCCCCUCCUCCUUGCUCU